AAGAGACACAUCUGGAGGUCCGUACUUGCUGUUUUUUUACCAUUUCUGUAAUCUGCAUUAUGUUGUUUCCUUUUGUGUACACUUUAUACAGGUAAGUAAUGCACAGGGGAUAAGAGGUGGUAGUCGAGUUGAAAAUUCAAUAUAUGACAUUGUGGUGGGUCAUUUCGGGCCCCCAACAAUAGAAUCUGGUCACUGAGAGAUGCUAUUCCUUUUGUUUAUUGUUUCUUGAUAUGUCAUAGUUAUCUGUAACAUAUAUAGACUUUGCUGUAUAGAAAAUCUUGUGUAGGUUCCAGCGGAUGGGGUAUUAAUAUCUGGCCACUCGCUUGCCCUUGAUGGGUCUAGCAUGACUGGGGAGAUCAAAAGCUUGCAUUUGUUGCCAAUGAUAGUGAUGUUGGUGUUCAUCUCAUAAUCUGCAUUGUGAUAUGAUGAUUAACUUCUCUUUUCUUGAUAGGUUCAAAAAGAUGCUAGUAAGGACCCAUUCUUAAUGUCUUGUUGUAAAGUUGCAGAUGACAAAGCAGUCAGUGACGUCAAACGCUCUCGGCAGUUUCAAAACCUGAACGAUGAAAAGAGAUGUACAUCUGGAGGUGAUAAGAGGUGGUGGACGAGUUGCAACAUUGUGGUGGGUGAUUCCAGGUCCCUCAACACUGGUAAUAUGGUUCAAAAAGAUGCUAGCAAGGACUCAUUCUUAAUGGCUGGUCGUAAUGCUGUCAGGUUUGGCUAAAUGGAGUGGUGGUUUUGAUUGGUAUUGUUGGUCUGUGAGUUGCUCUUGCUGUCUUCUUGGCUGUUCUGAUCCGGUUAUGAAAGACAAGGGAGCAAGAACUUUACAAUGCGUAGCAUUAGCAUAAACCUAUGAGGUUGACAAAAUCCCAACAAGCGAUGAGCUCUUAAAGUGGGUACUCCCAGGGGAUGACCUCUGUUUGCCAGCUAUAGUCGGUAUAAAGGUAAAAAAGCUAACAAAUACUUUAUUUCUGCAGGUUGUUUUUUAUAUGGAGAGUACUAAAGAUUGCAUUAUUGCUUUGUUUUUAUAGAAUGUGUUAGAGCAAAGUAUAAUUUUUUUGUUGAAUUAAGUUUUCUUCUUUCAAAAUUGUUUGUCCUUAACUUCUCUUACUUUGAACUAGAUGCCAUGGAAAGCAUGAUUUUAACAAUUCGGUUUUAGGGUAUCUCAUUUUGGUUAUACACAUUCACGUGUUUUGUCUGAUAUUUCUGUUUUUUCCAUCAACCUGUUUGUUUCUGUUGUCUUCUGGGUGGGAAAAUCUUAUGGCAAUUAAGUGAUUAACUAUUGACUUUCAUGUACGAAUGGUAACUCACGAUAACCUCGAAACUGCUAAAGUUAUCGCACUGGAGAUGGAGAUCCACUGAACCUAAUCUCACUGAAGGAAAAGCUUUUCGAUUCUUAUCUGAUUCCGAGAGAGAAAAGAUAGCCGAUAAGAUAUCGGUAUUUAUCACCUAAUGCUACUUACCAAUUCUUAGUAUGUAAAAGUUCGA